AUGUCAGAACCAGAGUCACACCCAAAGCCCCGAGCAAUCCUCGGCCUAAUGACAGUCGGCCCCUCUGCCAGCACCGGCGCCCGCAUAACCUCCCUAUCCGACUUCCAGCACCUCCUGACCACCUUCCAAUCCCAGGGCUACACCGAACUCGACACGGCGCGAGUCUACACAGGCCGAGAACAAGAAUCCUUCACAGCAGCCGCAGGCUGGAAAGAGCGAGGCCUCAAAAUCGCUACCAAAUGGUACCCGCUACAACCGGGCUUCCAUAAACCGGCUAUCCUGCGCGAGAAGCUCAAUGAGUCGUUGAGAGAGCUGGGGACGCAUUGGGUGGAUAUCUUCUACCUCCAUGCGCCUGACCGCGCAGUACCGUUUGCGGAGACGCUGGGGGAGGUGGAUGCUUUGUAUCGCGAGGGCAAGUUUAAGCAGCUGGGCUUGAGUAAUUAUACAGCAUAUGAAGUUGCGGAGAUUGUGACGCUUUGUUGUGAGAGGGGCUGGGUGAGGCCGAGGAUUUAUCAAGCUAUGUAUAACGCGCUCAUCCGAACGAUUGAACCAGAACUGAUUCCUGCAUGUCGCCGGUACGGACUAGAUAUAGUAAUCUACAACCCCAUUGCGGCGGGCGUUCUCGCCGGGAAAUACAAAUCCGCAGAUACUAUCCCAGCAGAAGGACGUUUCAGCGCGCAGAGUCCAACGGGGCAGAAUUACCGGAAUCGGUAUUUCAAGGACUCGACGUUCGCUGCGGUGCAGGUUAUCGAGGCCGCGGCGAGUAAGCACGGGUUGACCAUGGCCGAAUGUGCGUUUAGGUGGACGAGGCAUCACUCGCAGCUGCGAUUUGCGCCGCAUGGGAAUGACGGGGUUGCUAUUGGUGUUAGUAGUGUUGGGCAAAUGGAGAAUAACCUGAGAGAUUUGGAGAAAGGGCCGUUGCCGGGGGAUGUCGUUGAAGCGUUUGAGGAAGCUUGGAUGCUUACGAAGGCCACGGCGCCGGUUUAUUGGCAUGGGGAGCUGGAGUACUUCGUAUAG